AUGGCUAUAAAAAGUGUUCGCAGCAGUGGCGCUUCCCUGGAAAAUCCCCGACUUUCAGUCUUAGUCACUCGUGGAAGGAGGGGAGAAGGGGAGGCGGCCGCUGCUUCCCACCUGUGGCACGUCUCGUCCGGGCGGAUUCUCAGAAUUCCUGCCUCCGCCGGCAAAGUCACGUCCGAUUACACGGGGUGCAUGUACACACAUACUCCUCUGAAGACCCCGUUGCCUUAUUCAGUAUCUGGGCCGCAAGACAAGGUGUCGCCUGCCCUGGUGACAGCAACCCCUGAAGGCCCGGCGCGUCAACCUGUCUCCUACAGGCUCCUCCAAUGCACAUGCCGUGCUUCUCGCGCUUGGUCGAAAUUCGGAGGCAUGCCUGUUACGGUAGAACCCCUUGGACUAUCAGAUCCCUCUGGCCGAGUCCGAGCGGCGCAGGAGCGUCCGCAUAUGCCGUUGCUUCCCUUUCAGGAUACUGGGGGACGGCUGGAGAACCCCAGAGAAGUCGACGGACUGAUUCCCUCGUCAUCUACACCCGCUGCUUGGCCAGGAGGUCUCGCUGUCUCUGCUGCCACGGGACAUCCGGGCGUGUAUGCCCUGAUCAAGCAACUCAUAUCUUGGUGA